ACGGCAGAGGAUCAACAGUCCGAUAUCUGUGCGUCUGCCUUGUCUGAGGUGAUACCCGCCGUGCUGGAAGGUUCCGACGGUUGUCUACUAACGAUUGGUUAUCCGAAUUCCGGUCAACCGAAAACGAUGUUGGGUGGCGUGAAUCCGCCCACCGAAUUAGGUGCUAUCCCUUGCGCCAUUUCCUGGCUGUACAAGGGCAUUAAUGAGCGUCGUCAGAAGAGUGGCGCGCGGUUUUCGGUGCGCGUCAGUGCGCUUGGUGUCAGCGCCACGAAACCGGACUCCAGCUCGAAGGACUUGUUGGCGGCGCAUGCGACUGAAUCCGAUGACUCGCCAGGCGUAUACUUGCGUGAUGACUUCCUUGGCGGACCCACCGAACUGCGUGCCCCCACCGCUGAACGUGCCGCAUUGUUCCUAGACGCUGCACUCGCAGGACGGCCACAAGGUGGACUUGAGCCAGCCAUGAUUUUCACACUACACGUCUACCAGUACAGUUUAUCGCGCAAAGGAGGAGUGGCUGGAGGACGAAGUCGUUUACAUCUCAUCGAUUUGGGUGGCUGUGCCAACCGCAAUGGUGGACUGCCACUCUCCGGCAUUGGCAACAUACUAUUGGCCAUAUUGAGUGGACAACGCCAUCCGCCGAACAAGGAUCAUCCAUUGACGCCGCUGUUGAAAGAUUGUCUGGCGCCGUUGACGUGUCAUGUCGCCAUAAUGGCGCACGUAAUGCACACACAGUCGCAUACGGAUGCCCUGACGACGAUACAACUGGCCUCACGCAUACAUCGAAUGCGACGACGUAAACAUCGUUUUCCCAUGCCAAGUGACAAAACGGGUGUAGGAGGAAUGGCGGCGGCGGGCGUUAAUGGAGGACAUCAAUCGACCGGCUCAUCGGCUGGUUCGGGCGCAGAUCCUUCCAGCUCGGAGCUGUCUGCAGACACCGUCAUUUACAUGGGACCGAGUGACGAUGCGACGGAUGGCGAACAUCCGCCAGUGUAUUUGCCCUCGCUGAGUAGUGGCGACAAUCGUUGUGUGAUGAGCAAGGCGUUGAAGGGCAGCGGCCUGGAGAAGCAGCAACAGUCGCCGGCGAAAAGUAGUGCAGCAAGCACGCUGAAGAAGUCAGCAGCACAAAAAGCAGUGCCACAAAGUCCCACCAUAAAUGCGUCUAGUCGCGCAGGCAGCCUAAAACGCGGUCACGUCAAUAGUCCAACGCCAGCCCAACAUGUGCAACAACAACAACAGCCUCAAGCGACUGCGGUCAAUGCCGACCAGCAGCAUCAGCAGCAGCAACAGUUCUUCUCACCCGUUCACAGCGUGAAAUCACUUUCGCACUCAGCCUCCUCACCCAAAAUAGUUGCGGGCAGUUUGCGUCAUUCCGGCAUGGCAGGCAUGAUGUGCUCGAAGGGUUCGAAUGUGCCAUCACCUAAAGGCUCACCGCUGCGGCGUCCAGGCGUCGGCGCCAAUGUUGUGUCCGCCGCCGCCGCUGGCGACUCCCUAGACUGCCCCGGCAGUCCGAUGCGCAAGAUAAGCGAAGAGCAGUGGAUUGAUGGACCGCGUGUGUCGCGCGCCAAGGUAGCUGAGGCGCGUCAUCUGCUGCGCGAAGUGAAUCAUGUGAAACAGUGCGAGACAUGGAUUGAUGGCCCCAAGUCGCAGUCGACACGUUCACUGACCGCCGGCAAUCUGCCUACAGCACCCUCGCAGGUGCAAGGCUACGGCUUCAUGGACUCGCAUAAGAAGUCCAUGAUACGGCAGUGGGUAGAGAAUCAGACUUCGCAAGUCUUCCAAACCACAUCGGCAGCGUCUUCGCCCACACACGGCGCCGGCAAUGCGGCACAUCGCGACCAACAAGCGCAGCAUCUGCGCAACAUUACCUUCCACAUGUCACAGCUGAAGCAGAAGUCGCUCGAUGCACCAGAGGAUUUGUAUGCGACGAGCACCAGACAAUUGCAACACCAACAACAUGCUGUGCAGCAUCCAACGUUGCAGCAACAACAUUCGCUACCCCUCGAACAGCAGCAAUUCAUGCUAUGCGCCAGCGAAGCGGAGUUGGCACAUGCCAUUGCCAUGGGUCUUUCCACAGCUGUGAGCACAACGAACGCCUCGGCGCCCGCAGAGAUACGUGGCUCCCAGCCAGCGUAUCAUCAACGACAGUCCAGCGCCACAGGCUCGCUCGGACUCACCCAGCAGACGACAACAAAAGAUGAGACUGAUUUACAAUCGACGCAUUCACACACAGGUUAUGGCAUCAUUUCACAGCAGCUACUCGUUGGAGGUGGCAACCCGGCAGCAACGAUGUCGGAGCAUGGCGUUGGCGUGGGUGCGAGUGCGAGUGGACACCAAAGCGAUCGGCAAGCAGACUGUGAUGAGGACCAGGACAGCGGACCGUCGGAGGUGCCGCCAGCGUUGCCGCUCAUCGAGCCGUUGGGUUCGCGUGAAAUUUCGCACGAAAGUCUGCAUCGCAUACUGUCGCGACAUGUUUCGCGUGAAUCACUCUACCAGCAGCAACAACGUGAGCAACAGCAACAGGAAUUGCGACGACAAGAGGAACUGCAACAUAGUGCGCCCUCGAGGCAGUCAUCGCAUCACUACUCCCAACACAACAUGGGCAUGUCCGAUUGUGGACAGCAGGUGACAGAGGAGGAGAUAGCGCGCACAAUGGGCGGCGAGCAUCCUUUGGCGGCACUAAGUCACGUUGACAACAUGUCCAUUGUGUCGAGCUUCAAUAUGGCCGGAGAUGCGUUUAGCGAUUGUGCGAUGGGUGAAAGAACGAGAAACCAAUUCGAUCAAUUAGCGCGUCUACGUGAGAUCUUCACCUCACAGCUGGCCAUGGCCGAAGUGACGCCCGUCUUCCGCAGCGGCUGCGAUGUGGGCAGCGUCUAUAGUGAACCCGCCUAUCGUUUCAAUACGGGGCCGGGUAGCGUGUGCAGUGAGCCGCCAUAUAGGCCACCAAGUCCGAGACAACCUUCGCGCAGCCCCAGCCAAGGCAGUUUGCCCAGCCUGAAUGGCAUCAUGCAAAUUGCCGGCAUGGAGCAAUAUGCCUCCCUACGUCAUCCUGAUGGUGCUUCCGAUCCCAAUUUGCCAAAAGUAGAGAAACCCUUCGUGUUGGAACACGAGGAUAUCUGCGAAGUAGAUGAAAAAUCGGCGUUACUCUCACCCUCGAAGCGACCCUCACUCGAAAAGGAGCAUCUACCGGGCGAUGGCGGCGCUGCCAUGCCAGCGACCUCCCAAACACAGUUACCACUACUACCACUAAAUACCACCUGCGAGGCCUACGACAGCGGACACGAUUCGUCAACACCACGUACUUCCAAACAUUCGGGUAUUUCACGUCGCGCCGAAAGCGGCUACCAUAGCGUAGCGACAGCGAGAGAUAGCGACGAGAGCAGCUUUACGUCAGGUCUCUCGAAAGAGCCUCACAAUCGCAUAACUAUGGUGAAGAAGAACAAGCGCCAAGACAAGGGGCUGUGCAAUUGGCUAAUGAAUCCGUUCACCUGCACCUAUCCGGAGACUGAGGGUGAGAUCAGUGACUUUUGAAGAAUGAAGUAAGCGGAGAAAUUGGAAUGAAAGUCGAAUUUAUAAAGUGAAAACAGAGGUAAAUCAGUUUAUGGAAAUAAGGAAU